CAGCAGGCGUGGCUUGGGAUUCCCUCAGGGAUAAAGUGUCUAAUGUCCUUGGGCAGAGAGGGGAGGUGACUCGAGCUUCAGAGGACGCAAAAUGAGGGCCAUGCGGGUCUCCCAGGCUCUGAUUCGUUCGUUUAGCUCAUCUGCCAGACGCCACUUAGAAAAUCGUGUGGCCGAGAAGCAGAAACUCUUCCAGGCUGACAAUGACAUCCCGGUGCACCUGAAGGGCGGGGGAAUGGACAACGCCCUGUACCGUCUGACCAUGACUCUGACGCUGGGUGGCACGGCUUACUGCUUAUACUGCCUGGGCUGGGCCUCCUUCCCCCACAAGAAGUGACACCUCCAAGAAUCUUGGAGGACUUGGA